AUGCGGCCGUACUACAAUCUCCCUUCCAAGUCCGACCACGGGCGUAAGAUGACUGGCUUUCUCACACCGUACCGCCAUUGGAUGUGGAAGCAGAAUGAACUGUGGCGCAACGUCCACGAGGCGCAGUUUGAGCACCUGCGGAAGGUGUACAAGAGGCAGUGGCUCGAAUCCUUCCGCGUCAACGCGGAUGAGUACAUCUACAAGUACAAUAUCACAAAGGCGGCGCAGCUUGCGCAGUGGGAGUACGAGAUGCAGGAGCAGGAGAAAAAACGCAUCGAGGCAAAGCAAAUGACGGAGGGGCGUCAGGCGCUUAAGAAAAAACACCUAGACCUGUUGCGGGAAUUCCACGAAAGGCAAUUCUUCUUCUGGUACGAGCGUGCGAGCGAGCGGCUGCAGAAUAUGAGCCUUAUUCAGUACCUUCCACAGUCGAAGGUGCAGGAGCACAUUGAGAAGGAGCUGGACAAGUACGUUGCCGGUAAGAAUGAGGCGUACCCGUUAAACUUCGUCGGGCAGAUGCCUUUGCUGGAGGACCGUGACGGCAACAUUGUGGAGGUGCCGCAGAGCCUUCUGUCAAAUCACGUCGCCGAACACCCCGACUCCACCGCCAAACCUCACGAGCCGCACGAAGGUGCCACCGCCGCCAGUGCGGAGGAGCAGCUGCUGCGCACACUCGUGAGCGCGAGGGAGAAAGGGCUUGAGGAGUGGCUUGAGGACGACUCGCGCGCGCUCUCCGAGACAAUUGACGACAUAUCUCGCGAGGAGGAGGAACGUGAGGCGGGCGUGCGCGUCGCACGGAGCAUGGAGGAAACGGAUGCGGAGCGUGAGAUUAGUCGCCGCACGUACAUUGACCGCGGCAAAACAGGCUCUAAGGCUAUUUUCCGCCGGCCAAAUGUCGUCGAGGGCGAUAGUGGUGCUGCAGCAGCAGUUAAUGUUUCUGCACAGCAACCGACAGACCCCAAGACGCCGAUGAAGCGGCGCAAGAAGGGCAAGCUGGACAAGGUGCACGCCCUGCAGGAGCAGCAGGACACCUUGCUUGCGAAACUGUCGGCGCAGAGCCUCAAGGAGGGGGUUGACCCGUCGGUUCUGGCGAAGCGCGGCGAGAUUGUGGCGAACCGCGGCCGAAUUCGCGACAAGAUGGCGAUACCGACGCAGGAGGUGCUGAUGCAGAACCCUGAACUUGCUGCAGGAAGUGUGCCCAAUGCGCGCCUCAACGUACAGGACAAGGUGGACCAGCGCUACCAGCGUGGGAAGUACAAACCUAAGAAUGAUGACGAUAGCGACUCAGGUGGCGAGAAUCUAUAG